AUGCGUAUAAGUUUUUUUUUGCAGCAGCUGUACAGGAAGAAACCAGGACUCGGCAUGGAACAGUGCAAGCUAUCGCCUAAUGUCAAUAAGAAUCGCUAUCGUGAUGUUUGUCCCUACGAUAGCACUCGCGUAAAACUUAGCGCUCCUAGCGGCGAUUAUAUCAAUGCAUCAUUUGUCAAUAUGGAAAUUCCGUCGAGCGGUAUCGUGAACCGAUACAUUGCUGCACAGGGCCCUCUGGCGCACACUUCCGGGGAUUUCUGGCAUAUGAUCUGGGAGCAGCUAUGCACAACGAUCGUUAUGCUGACAACAACAAUUGAACGCGGUCGUGUAAAGUGCCAUCAGUAUUGGCCAAGGCUGUACGAACGACACGAUUAUGGACGAUUACAAAUCUCUUGCAUUAGUGAACGUGAAACUGCCAACUGCGCCCAUCGUGAAAUGUCCAUUUAUGAUAAAGUGACGAAAGAGGAAAGGCGAGUGAGCCAAAUGCAAUAUACAGCGUGGCCCGAUCAUGGAGUUCCAGAAGAUCCAAAACAUUUCAUCGAAUUCGUCGGUGAAGUACGCUUCUAA